AUGAUCAAUUCUAAUGGCAUUAAUGUAGAAAACAAAAAUGAAGUCAAGGAGGAAGAAAAGCUUAAACCAAUUAACAGUUUGAAAUUUACAUUCAAAACGCACGAAUAUUACACUACCCGAGAUAUUUUGAUCCCAUUCAACCUUGUUGAGAGUAAUUAUGGAAAGUUUCAUACUGCAUUCGAUGCUAUGUUAUAUAUACGUGAUCAUUGCUAUAGAAACAGUAUUGCAUUCAAGAGGGCAACAGCAUUAAAAUAUUCAAAAUUAUGCCAGUACUAUGACCAAUCAAAAGGAUCAUAUGUUUGCAUGGAAAGAUUGACAGCUUCAGCAUUUAACAGAGUAUUUAGUCGAGUUUGCAAUCUUAAAUCGACUAAAAUUUUAAAGUUUAUAUAA